AUGCUGCUUCCACACCUAGUCGCUGCCAUCAACGAGGCCAAGGACAUUAUCAAUGAUCCUAGCACCAAGAAAGAAGAUGUCGCACAGCUUCGUCAAGCCUGUGCCUCGCUUGGAAACGCCUUAGAGGACCCCGCGGACAGACUCUUGAACCAGGCAUUCCAGAUUCAGGAUUUGAUAAUUGCCAGGAUGGGCAUACAAUUGGGUGUUUUUGAUCAAUCUCAACCCAUCUUUGGGCCAUGCGAUGUGGCUGAUCGCAGUGGGUGUGAUCCCGCAUUAGCUUCACGUAUUCUGAGGGCUUUGGCUAGUCUGAGCCUUCUUGACAUUACCCAAGAGGGGAAGUAUAAAUUAAACAAAUCCAGCAAAUCCCUCAUAGAUGGCGGGAUGGUCCACGAUUGCAUUAUCUUGACAGUUGACCUAGCUCUCAAAAUGUCUGCAAACACGCUUGCAUUCUUCGAAAGCAACGGAUAUCAUAACCCAACCAAUGCCAGUCGUGGUGCUUUUCAGCAUACAUUUGAGACUUCAUUACCCUUCUUUGAAUGGCUCCCAUCACAGCCCAGGUUACAAAAUGCAUUUAACCGUUUCAUGGAGGCUACUGCGGGUGGAGUAUCUCCCGCGCAGUGGGUUGAGUGGUUCCCAGUGGUGCCUAAAUUCCAGGAACUCUAUGAAAGAUCUCAGAAGGACAAAAAGUCUCUAACUUUCGUCGACGUGGGAGGAGGUCAUGGGCACGAGGCUAAAGCAGUGAUGAGCCGAUUCUCCCAUCUCCCAUGUCGAUUCAUUGUGCAAGAUGGUCCGGAGUAUGUUAAAACCCACGACGCUCAGCUGGAAUCCGGAGAGCAGGGUUCUUUGGAACGCAUGGAGUACAACUUUUUCAAUAAACAGCCCGUCGAGCAUGCUCAUGUUUAUUUUUUGGGUAGAGUACUACAUAAUUGGCCUGAGGUCCAAUCUCGUCAGAUCCUCCAAAAUAUUCGGCAAGCUAUGGAUCAGGAUUCAGUUCUGCUCAUUUACGACUGGGUCCUUUCAGACAACCCCACGGACAUGACACCUGAACAAACUCGGGAUGACUGGGCUAUGAUGACUCUCUUCUCCGCCCCAGAGCGAUCUGAGUCAGGAUGGCAAGCUCUGUUGGAUUCGGCGAGCUUGGAGCUGUUAAAUCUUUGGACAUCACCAGAAGCUAAUGGUAGCCGUCGUUCGUCACUGCUGGAAGUUGUGGUCAAAACUUGA